AUGGGCAUGACUGGUGCUGGCAAAUCUACCUUCAUCGAACAUUACACGCCCGGCUUCAACGAUAGUCGGCGAUCCGAUGGAGAGACACUACAAGAACUGGCAUACUGGUUAGCAGCCGCUUACGAAAGAAGGAUCAAACUCAGCGGAAUCGUUUACCUUCAUUGCAUCACAAACAAUCGCUUACAAGGGUCCGCGGUGCGUGCGCUGAGUGCCUUUAAGAGCAUGUGUGGAGAAGACGCAUUUUCUGGGGUGGUCGUGGCAACUACGAUGUGGGAUAGGGCUACCACAGAUGAGCUCGUAAAGGCGGAAUUGCGACACGAGGAACUCCGCGGGAAGAUCCAGGAUGUUAUACACCACGGCGGUAAACUAGUCAGGCUAUCAGCUGUAGAUAUAGAUGCAGGAAAAAUACUUCAACACAUCGUGGGAAAAAGCAGGAGGCUAACACUGGCGUUCCAGCGAGAGUUGGUAGAUGAGAACCAGCUCAUCCAUGAGACGCGGGCCGGUCAAGUCUUGUUUGAGGAUCUAAAAGAAUCGUUCGAGACAUUACAAGCCAAGAUUGACGAUGCGCGUGGAAGAUUAGCCAAGAUGGCUCAUAAUUCCCGGAGAGACGAGUUGCACGAGCUUCAAGAUGCCAUCAUCGAGAUGGAUGCGAACAUGCGGUCCGUGGACGAAGACAUGGAGCGUACGAAAGUAAACCUCCGCGACAUCCGGAUGGUAUGGGACAAGAAUCUUGCACGAGAUGAUAAAACGAUUCUGGCGAGCGCGCAACUUAUCGAGCGGCGAUUGGAGACCGAGCGUCGUCAGCAGGAAGUCAGAAAUGAUGCCCAAACACCUUCAACCGACGACGGCUACGAAGCCUCAAGUGCAGGAUUUUCUUCAGCAAGUACACUGCAAACCUCGCAAAGCUACAUGUCGCUCAGGUUAGAACAGCUGGAGAAAGAACGCGACGCGCUUACGGUCCUUCUUGACUACUCUCAAGAGCAAGUGGAGGCUAUACUCGAACUCGAAGCCACUCGUAUCGAGUGGUUCCGCGCAAACGGCUUCGAGCUCUGCUGGAACAAUCACGAGCUGAGCUAUGAGUAG